GGAUAUUUUGGCUAACGUUCUAACCAGGGAGCCCUGUGUAGAUGCGGUCAUGGGCAUUUGACCCACAACACCGACGACAAUGGAUAUAAGGCAGUCAUGGAGGCUGGCAAUCCUCUCAUCGCCCAAUACCUGGCCAAAACAACUACCUUGAUUGACUAUUGACUCAACACAAUGGCUCUGUUCCAACCUACACCAAAGCCUGCGACUCCGUUGGGCGAAUGGAGGCUUCUCUCGCCAAACGCGGGUGUCCGCGUUUCUCCCCUGUGCUUGGGUGCGAUGAGCCUCGGCGAUAAGUGGGGCCGCUUCAUGGCUGGUACCAUGACCAAAGACGAAGUGUUCAAGCUCUGUGACACCUUCUUCGAAGCCGGCGGCAACUUCAUAGAUACCGCGAACAACUAUCAAGAUGAGCAAUCUGAAGCUCUUCUCGGGGAAUGGAUGAAGGCUCGAGGAAACCGUGAUCAAAUUGUGCUCGCAACCAAGUUCACGACCUGUUAUGUGAGAGGUCGGGAGGAUAUCAAGUAUUAUCAGAAUUACGGGGGAAACCACGCCAAGAGCUUGCACACGUCCGUCCGCGACAGCUUGGCCAAGUUACAGACCGACUAUAUCGACUUGCUCUGGGUGCAUUGGUGGGACUACUCGACAUCGAUUCCCGAGCUGAUGCAGUCCCUCGAUGCCCUUGUCAAGGCGGGAAAGGUGCUGUAUCUCGGUAUCUCUGAUACUCCUGCCUGGAUCGUCGCGAAGGCGAACCAAUACGCGCGCGAUCACGGGAUGGCUCAGUUUAUCGCUUACCAGGGUCAGUGGAGCUGCCUCGAACGCGACUUCGAAGGAGAUAUCCUCCCUAUGUGCUCGGCUGAGGGUAUGGCAGUCGCGCCAUGGGGCGUCGUCGGAGGGGGUAAAUUCAAGACCGCCGCUCAAAUCGAGGCAAGGAAGAAAGAAAGUGGCGGCCACCUGAGGACGUUCGCUGUCGACCAAACGCCAGAGCAGAAGGCUAUCAGCGCUGCUUUGGAGCAGGUCGCCAAGGAAAUUGGGGGAGAUGCCAGCCUAGCCAAUGUCGCGAUCGCAUAUUGCCUCCAUAAGCAGGCUUACGUCUUCCCUAUCAUCGGCGGUCGCAAGCCCGAAUACCUUCUGGAGAAUAUCAAGGCUCUCAGUAUCAAGCUCACUCCCGAGCAAAUGGACUUUAUCGAUAAUGCGGUUCCCUUCAAACUACCCUUCCCUCACAAUAUGCUUGGAACAGACCCGCGUCUGACUAGGACGGGGACGUGGAACGGCAUGUUUAUGGCAAGCGGAGGAGGCAUCAAGUUCCCAAAGGCACCAGCGCCUGUACCACCCACUAACGGCGAUUCGGUUGGGGCUCCAGGAAUGGAAUCCCUGCUCUCUGGACAAAAGUAGUUUCUCGGUUGGGCUUCCGUUAGUGUCGUCGUGGGGAGCAGCCCCAAAAAUGCGCAGCGCAAAACAAAAUUGACACAUGAUCGUUCGUUACACCUCGAACUCUUCUUCGCUCGUCCGAAAUACGUAGCUUAAUAAGCGGCGCCGAAAGAGGGCCUUCCACUGGGGAAGAGCUCGUUAAAUAGCUCGGGGUACCACUUCUCGCCCACGUCUGGGUGUGAUUUGAUGCGGCCGAUGAGCUGAACCUGGCCAUUGCACUCGGUAGCAUAUUCAGAGUAGUUGACAGACUCGGCCACAGCAACGUCUCCGCGGGCCCGCUUUAGCUCGAGGAUCUCCUGGGGAAUGGUGAUGCCCUUGUUGACCUUGGCUGCAAGGGAGAAGCUUUGGAAGUAAGGGACGGAGUAACGAGAGCCCAUGCCCUUCGGGGGAGAGAUCACCCGGUGAGAAGUGGCGAUACAGACCUUCUUAGUGGCAAUCUCCAGCGCCUUGCCGAUGUUGACCACAAAGGUGCCGGGGACAGGAGGUGCAUCGAUCCACUCGCCCGCCUUGUUCUGAACCUGCAGGCCGGGGUGUGCCGUGGCUUGCAGCAGGAAAGUAAGAAGGCCGUGAUCGAAGUGGGGCCCAACACCCUGGGUACCGUCCUCAGGGCGAAGGUUGGACGCAUCGACAUACUUCAGCAACUUCAGCCGUUGCUGCAUGUUCCCAUCAUAGAAUUGGGCGAGGCUGCCGCGAGGGACUUCCAAGCAGUCUUCGAUAAGGUCAAUCAUCUUAAAACCGAGGUCGGCCACACCGUUGAGAUAAUCGACGAUACACUUUCGGAAACCAGGAAGGGCUUCCUCCCUUGGGUAAAGAGGAGGACCCCACAGCCUCUUCCAGUCCUCGUCACCCUCCUUCCACUUGCAGUCGUAGUCCGUGGCGAAAUCAAAUUGCUCACGGUUAUCACGCGCGCCUUUGGUAAACUCCUGGCCCUGCCUGGAGUAGCCAAGGAAAUGCGGGGACUUCAGCAUGGAACACUCCAUUUUCUCCUCCAUGGGCAGAUCGAAGACCUUUGGAAUAUAGUCGAGGAGCU